AUGAGCAUUCUCAGUGGCGGGGACGAGGACGAAGAUGACGACGUCUGGCGCAAGGGCUCUCUGGACUUGCCCGCUAUGUCCAAGUUUGCCGAGAAAUGGCGUUUGGCCUUCUCACAGCUCACCAAGCUGGUCAAGGACAAAGACCUCGGUCACCUCAGACACUUUGGGGGUGUCAACAAAGUCACCUCGGCCCUUGAAUCUGAUGUCAAUGCUGGAAUUAGCGGCGAACCGGAUGACGUCUCUCACAGGCAAAGGGUAUUUGGCAUCAACACAUACAUGCAGCCCGCCAAGGGCUGCUUCCACUUCGUGCUCGAGGCUUUCAUGGACCUCAAAAUCACGAUUCUUCUUGUUUGCGCCACGCUUUGGCUCGGGUCAGGGAUCAAGGAGAAUGGGGUCAAGGAAGGCUGGUGUGACGCAGGGAGCACAUUCGUGAUGGUGCUCCUCAUGACCGCGGUGUCAGCCGUGAGCCAUCAUUGGCAAAACCGACAAUUUGAUGAAUUGUCUCCAAUGAGUGGUAAUAUUAUCAUCGAUGUGAUAAGGAAGGAUCGGCGGCAGCAGGUUUCCAUAUUUGAGAUCGUCGUCGGGGACGUUGUGUGUUUGAAGAUAGGCGAUCGAGUCCCGGCAAAUGGGCUGUUCAUCGAGGGGCACUCCUUGCAGGUUGACGAAUCGAGCAUGACCGGGGAGAAUGAUCACGUAGCAGUGAACAGCAAUCAGAAUCCAUUCCUGUUCUCUAAAACGAAGGUUGUUGAUGGUUCAGCUCGGAUGCUGGUUACAUCGGUUGGGAUGAACACCGCGUGGGGCGAGAUGAUGAGCUCCAUCAGCCGCGACAGCAGCGAGCAGACCCCUUUACCGGCUCAGCUCAACAAGCUUACCUCGUCGAUUGGCAAAGUCAGCUUGGCGGUUAAUUUCCUGAUUCUCGUUAUCCUGCUGACUCGCUACUUCACCGGAAACACACAGGACAAGAACGGGAACCAGGAAUUUGUGGAGGGUCAGACGACGGGUCACAAUAUCAUAAACUCCGUGGUAGGAAUCAUAGCAGACAUGGUGAUGAUUAUGGUGGUCGCAAUUCCCGAAGGCUCGCCACUAGCGGUAACGUUCGCUCACGCUUAUUCAAUGAAGAGGAUGAUGGCAGAUUGGGUAAUGGUAAGGAGGUUGUCGACCUGCAAGACGAUGGGGAGGGCCACCAUUAUUUGCACCGACAAGAGCGGCACUCUUACGAUGAACCAGAUGAAGGUGACAAAAUUCUGGAUCGGCCUAGACUCCAUGGAGGAAAACACGUACUCCUCUGUCUCCAAGAAUGUCCUGGAUUUGAUUCGGGAGGGGGUCGCAUUGAGCAGCACGGGCAGCUUCUAUAGGCCGUCUUUGAGAUCGGAGUAUGAGUUCUUGGGUAGUACCACCGAGAAAGCCAUUAUUUCCUGGGCGGUUUCACAAUUGAGCAUGGACAUGGAGGAUAUAAAGAAGAGAUGUGAAGUUAUCCAAGUCGAAGCCUUCAACUUGCAGAAGAAGAGAAGCAGUGUCCUAAUAAUGAAGAGCACGGGCGACACAGUCCACGUGCAUUGGAAAGGAGCAGCAGAGAUGGUGUUGGCGAUGUGCUCGAGCUUCUACGACAGGUCGGGGAUAGCAAAAGAUCUGGACGAAGACGAAAGGAUGAGAUUCGAGCAGAUUAUCCAGGGGAUGGCAGCAAGCAGCCUCAGGUGCAUUGCUUUCGCUCAUAAACAAGUCCCCAAGGAAGCGACCAAAGAAAAGAAAGACGGGAAGAAGAUUCAAGAGGACAGCCUGACAUUGCUAGGACUUGUGGGUAUUAAGGACCCGUGCCGUGCUGGUGUGAAGAGCACGGUCCAAGCUUGUCAGGACGCAGGAGUGAACAUCAAGAUGAUAACGGGCGACAACAUCUUCACCGCUAAGGCCUUUGCCACAGAGUGCGGGAUUCUCAAGCCCCAGGACGAAGCCUUCAUUGUGGAAGGAGCUGAGUUCCGCAGCUACACGCCUGAGGAGAGGCUUCAAAGUGUCGAGAAAAUCCAGGUCAUGGCGAGAUCAUCGCCUUUCGAUAAGCUCCUCAUGGUUCAGUGCUUGAAGCAAAAAGGCCACGUGGUUGCAUUCACGGGGCACGAUACAAACAAUGCACCUGCCCUAAGGAAGCCGACAUCGGGAUCUCAAUGGGCAUCCAAGGAACCGAGGUCGCUAAAGAGAGCUUAG